AUGAAGCUCUAUGACGCCCCAGCAUCCAACCCAAUGGUUGUUCGCCUCUUCGUACUUGAAAGAGGUGGCAUAAGCCUUGACGUCGAGACUAUCGACAUCAUGACCAUGGAGAAUAGAGGCCUUGAAUAUCGAAAGAUCAACCCACGCGGCGAGGUUCCCGCGCUCGUUCUCGACAAUGGCUUUGUACUCACGGAAGUAACCGCUAUCUGCGAGUAUCUCGAUGAGAUAGCCCAGGGCGGCAUAUCACUCUUUGGCGAAACACCCCUCGAGCGUGCCGAAACACGCAUGUGGCUUAGACGAAUGGAUCUUGAAAUCGCACAACCUGUCAUAUUAUGGGUUCGUAAUGAUCCGGGCACUGCAGACUUCUAUAUAGGACAUCAAAUUCCUAUUCCGGAAGCGAGAUUGGCACAGAAGGUUACUAUUCAGCAGUAUCUGAACCUUCUGAUGAAGGAUAAGACUACGGGUACGGCAUCGUGGAUACUUCAUCCCGGAAGGAAGAAUGUUGUCGGAUAUUUUGAGAGGAUGGAUGCUAGGGAGACUAGCAAGAAGGCGCUGGAGGUCUUUGGAGCCAGACUUGAGGCUCAAUAG